AUGAAUAUUAGUUACCAAACGAUUUUCUUGGCUCACUCUGAACCACUAUCUGACAGUUUUUUUAUCGAACGCGAUGUCAACGUCUAUCAGAUGGCUCGUGUAAUUCACAACGUACUAAAUUUCAAGAAGCCCCCUCUCUCUCAAUUUAUCUCUACGAAAACCUCCAUCAAACUACCCUACGAAAUACCAGAAAGAUACCAGAACGCCUUUUACUUGGCCAAUGCCUCUUUUUACGACAGUACAAACUGGUUCCUGCACAGGGCAUACGAAGUUGUUUUUCCAAAGUUGAAGAGUGAACUGUUAAAAGUAGAUUCUUAUAAAAAUCAAACUACUGAUAGAGCCACUGAAAAAAUCGAAGAGAUUAUUAAAAUUUUAGAUCAGUGCAACUCGAUCAUUGACGUCAGGUUCCCUGUCAAACGCGAUAAUGGGUUGCAAGAAAUUAUAAGGGGUUUCAGGGCGCAACAUGGGCUGUCAGCGGGGUAUUCGUCUUGUUUAGGAGGUUUACGAAUUCACGAGAACAUAACAAGAGACCAUAUGAAGGGUUUGGCAGUUUUGUCCACGUAUAGAAACGCCUGUAUGGGGAUAAACAUGGCUGGUGCUCAUGGAGGUAUAAAAAUAUGUCCAAAGAACUAUUCUCCAGACGAACUACAACGUAUUGUCGAACUGUAUUGUACGGAGCUAAUCAAAAAAGGAUACAGACAGAGUCUUAACAUGGCAUCGGCAGGAAAAUCUAGCGAUUAUGGUGGGAUUGAGAACCACGAACAGAUGUCUUCCCAAGGAGCAUUGUACGCUAUAAAUUUCUUUUUGAACAACGAACAGAUCAUGAAUAAAGUUGGAUUGACGACUGGGAUCCAAGGAAAAACCUUUAUCAUACAAGGGCUUGGAAAACUAGGAGCUCCACUAGCUGAGUUACUCGUCAACGGGGGUGCUAUCUGUGUGGGAGUUAAAGAACAAGACGCCUACCUUUAUGAUGCUAAAGGAAUAAAUCUCAAAGAACUGUAUGAGUACAAGGCGAAAAAUGGCUCGAUAGUCGACUACAGCAUGACUAAACCUUACGAAAACGACAGUAUCUACACAGAGGAGUGCGACAUCCUCGUCUUCGCCGCCUACCACAAAAGUUUGGUAUGUCAUAUCGCCAAGGACGUAAAGGCCAAGGUUGUCGUAGAAGCCGCAGACGGUCCCUUGACACCUACAUCGCACAGGAUCCUCACAGGAAAGUCUAAGUUGGUGAUACCCGACAUCUACGCUUGCUCUGGAGCGACGGUGGCGUCCUAUUUGGAAUAUUUGAGGAAUAUGCAGCAGAUGAGAGUUGGUGAUCUCUUGAGAUUUUCUCGAAAUGUAUAUGAAAAUAUUUUAAAUCGUCUCUCUGAAAAACAUGACAAAGUAGCAGCAGCUGGAGGUUCGGUCCAGAUCUUAUCCUCUCAAGAUGAUCCAAAAAUCAUUACAGAAUCCAUAGAAUCUAUUCUAACAGAUACUGGCAAUGAAAUUUUGAGGCUUUUAGAACACCACAAAUUGGGCACCGAUGCUAGAACAGCUGCGUACAUGAUUGGCAUAGAGAACAUUUUUAAAGCCAUAUACUACCAGAAAAUAAUCAUUUAA